AUGGCCAGAAUUGUGGAGCAUGAUGGAUUACAUGAUUUAACACAAUUAGCAGUUAUUCCAGUUUGUUACAAUCCUGUCAAAUAUAAAACUCGGUAUAAUCUAUAUCGAAACUUUGAAAAACACAUGCUUCAAUCAGGUGUCGUACUAUUUACUGUGGAAUGCUUAUUUGAAUCAGCACUACAUUUCGGUUUACCAAAACAAGUAGUUGAAGUUACUCAAGCUGAUAAUUCUCGACAUUUACAAUUGAUCGCACCGUCCAUUUUAUGGAUGAAGGAAAAUUUAAUCAAUGUUGCCGUUGAUCAUUUACCUGAACAUAUUCAGUACGUUGCCUGGAUCGAUACCGAUAUUGAAUUUGAUCGUUAUCCAAUUGUACAACUCUUUAGAUUAGCUCUAUUUCUUGGUCCCAAUGGAAUGAAUGAAAUUUUACAUUGGGAUUAUUCAUUUGCUUAUUCAAUUAAACACAACAAGCCGAUUGAUCCUCAACGUUACAAAGAAUGGUAUCCUCAUCCAGGAUAUGCCUGGGCAAUGCGUUGUGAUGCAUUCGAGUAUAUGGGUGGAUUGUGCGAAUUUUCGAUUCUUGGUUCGGGUGACUUGCACUUUGCUUUUGCACUAUUGAAUCGUAUCGAAGAAACUUUUCUGACGAGUUUAAACGAGGAUUAUCGACGUUUAGCUUUGAACUGGGGCGAACGUGUAGCAGAGAUAGCCCAAGGAGGUCAUAAUGUUGGCUAUUUACCCGUCAAUAUUGGGCACUUUUGGCAUGGAAGUAGAGGCAAUAGAGGUUAUGUCGAAAGAUGGUAA